UAUUGCUUGGCGCGGUCUGAAUCCGCUUGCGCGUGCUGUUAUCACGUGACGACUUGAUACGCCGUCUCCUGAUUUCAUUUAAUUAGCUGAUAAAGCUGCCCGCGCGCGCGCUUUUAUCACGUGAUGACUUUGAAACGUAGUCUCCUGAUUUAGAGCUAAUAAGGGUGCUGCGCGCCAGCUUUCGUUCCAUUAACACUCAUAUGUUAUUUCAUGUGCUUUUCAGCGAAGGUGUACGUACCUAACGUUUAUAGUUAUUAAAAGGAAGUUUUUUUUGUUUUUUGAAUAAACUAAAGUGUUUCUUGUUACCAUGUUCCGGGGUAUCACCAUUUCGUUGCUGCUCUGUUGGAUUCCAGCCUCCGCGGGUCAGCUCUGUAACCUGACUGGCAUGUGGCUGAAUGAUCUCGGCUCAGCAUUGCAGAUUUACCCUUCAAGCACCACCGACAUUCAAGGUUCCUUCACUAGUGUGGUAAAACUCGGAGAGCGAGGACCUGGAAGCCCCCUGAAAGGAAGGGUGUCGGGUGUCAUGAGUUCAGGACCGCUGCCCACCUUUGGCUUUUCUGUCUCCUGGGAGAAAGGCUCAACAACUUCCUGGGUGGGUCAGUGCUUCCCACUUAUGGAUGGUCAUCCAGGUCAUCAGAUGCUGAAGACCCUGUGGCUGCUCAGAUCACCGGCUGAAGCGUCAGAAGACAUCUGGCAGAGCACCAGGAUUGGAGAAGACACUUUCUACAAGGUGCCAGACACCAUGUGAUUCUACUAAAUUAUUGGACUUUAUUUUAAUAUUAAAAACCUUUCAGUUAUAAUUGUGUUAU